AUGUCAUCUAACAUAAUUGACGCAGUUGAGCUUAAAAGAACAUUGCGUGAUGUCCACCCAUCACAUUACAUCUUCAAGAUACAGUCUUUCUCUAUGCUUCUGAAAAAUAUUGGAAAUUACGAAUCAGAAGUUUUUGAAGCUGGCGGCUAUAAAUGGAAAUUGUCUUUCUAUCCAAAUGGGAAUAAGAAAAGAAAGGGGAAAGAUCAGUACAUUUCACUAUACCUCGCAGUAUCCGACACAGCUAAUCUUCCUUCUGAUUGGGAGAUCAUUGCGAACUUUAAAUUAUUCGUCUUUGAUCAUUUACGUGACAAGUACUUAACUAUCGAAGAUGCUGAACCAGUGAGGCGUUUCCAUGGGAAUAAGACAGAAUGGGGUUUUGAGAAAUUUCUCUCUCUCAAGAAGUUCCAAAAUCCUUCAAACGGGUACCUCAUCAAUGACACCUGUGUAUUUGGCGCAGAGGUUGACAAAUUUUUAGAUUUAAUUGAAGAAUAUCUACGCUCCGACGAGUUUAAGAUUGGAGGGCGGAGCUGGAAGCUCUCUCUCUAUCCCAAAGGAAAUUGGAAGUCAAAAGGCAAAAGCCUAUCUCUGUAUCUGAACCUAGUUGAUUCUGAAAAACUGAUUCCAAGCUGGGGAUUCAUAAGCUUCAUGCAUCUAAGUAAUCUCUUUGACAAAUCAAAGGGCUUCAAGGUGAAAGAUACUAUAAUUAUUGAGGUAGAAAUUGUAACGUUGUCCGAGACUAAUUCCAUUAUGUCUUCGAAGGAGAAGAAACAAGACAAGUAG